AAGUUAAAAAGAGAAAUUGUAUAUUUACCGCCUUAUUUCAGCCGUCUCUCCGUUUUUGCUUUUUCUCGCCCUCGUCGCUGUGUUUCAGAGAGAAGACGUAGACAGUGAUCAACGAGAGGAGGACGCUAAAGUCUAGAGCAUCAUUCACAGGAGAAGGUGUCUCCGAAGUCCGAAGAAGAGCUACCUCUUAUGUUCUCUUUUAUCUCCUCCUGUCAGUUUUGGAACAGAAGGCAAUCACAGUUUCUAGGGUUUCGACAGAGGUCGAUUGAUUGAUUAUGGAUCUCGAAGUGGUGGGACGCCAUGCCCUUCUUUUCGAUGACGACUCUACUGCCGCAUUCAUCAACUCUUCUGACGCCUUAGUCGAGUGGAAUUCGCUCCUCAUCGAUCGCUACGACGUCCGGCACCUCCUUCAACACCCUCCGCCUCCCAUCAAGAGGCGCCGCCAUCACCCUUCCUCUCCUUCUUCGUUCGAGGCUGAGCUCGAUGAAGAGAGAUAUCUCGAUCUACCACCACCCUCCGAUGACCAAGAUCAAUCAUCCCUUCCAGAACCAGACAGUGGAGCAAAACUGGCAGAUAAAGGUGCCUACCAUACUGUUGCCUUUUCAUAUGAAAAUUCUGAUGCUACCAUUCACCAGAGGAAUUCUGAUGGUGGUUUGGGAUCUUCCAGUUUUCUUCCACCAUUCCCAGUGCCUGAAUUUCUACUCCAGAGCCUACCUCCAACGGAGAAGGUGCAUCAAAUUAUUGCGAGAACUGCUUUAUUUGUCUGCAAACAUGGAGGACAGUCAGAAAUUGUAUUGAGGGUGAAACAAGGAGACAACCCAACAUUUGGGUUCUUGAUGCCUGACCAUCAUCUUCAUGCAUAUUUCAGAUACCUUGUUGACCAUCCAGAACUUCUAAAGUCAGACAUGGAUGCUAAACCUCAAGAAGAUGGUGAGAAAGCAGAUAAUGAGCAAAAUCAGACAGGUGAUGUUGCAGCUGGGGCAUUAUCAUUGCUUGGAUCUGUAUAUGGGACUGGGGAGGAUGAGGACACUGCACUCCACGCUGCAACAGAAUGCAAAGAAAAGGAGCUUGGUGAAUCCUUAAAAGCUGCUGAUACAACCAUUUCGCAUGAUUCAAAAGAAGCAGAAUCUUGUGGUAAAUUGAUCAGAAAAGAAGAGGAAACUUCCAAAUGCCCACUUCCUGCUAUUAAGGAGAAGGCCCCCUCAUCAAAAAGAAACCGAUUGGUGACUACAAUAAAUGCUGGUACUAGCAGUAGUAGGAAAAAAGAAGGUGAUGUAUUGGGUUCACAUCAUGCUGCUGUGUAUAAAGCUCAGGCUUCUAAUAUGCCUAGCACAUCCAAGGCUCAAUCUUCAAUUUUGGAGCCUCCAUCUGACUUAAAAAGAAUGGUGGAUAAAAUAGUUGAGUUCAUUCUGAAAAAUGGGAAAGAAUUUGAAUCAGUUCUCAUAGAGCAGGAUAGCCAAACUGGGAGAUUUCCAUUCCUACUGUCAUCCAACCAAUAUCAUCCAUAUUAUCUCAAAGCUCUCCAAAAAGCUCAAGAGUCAAAAUUGCCUGGAAAAAGCCCCUCAUCUCAGAUGUGCGAUUUAAAGGCUGCUUCUAAAGACAAGGAUAAGUUGUCAAAGGGAUCUUCCAGUCAUGAUGAUAUUCCAUUUGAUUUUGAGAGGAAGGAAAGGUUUAAGAUGGUAAUCGGUGGGCCAAAGAAGGAUGUGCAAGACAUAUCAUCCAAACCAACCCUACAGCCAAGUGGAGUGAGUGUGGAUGCAGCUGAAGCCAUUCUUCUUGCAGCAACAAGAGGCCUGAAAAAUGCUAAAUUGGAUAUCCUUGCAAAGUCAUCACUUGAUUCCAGUCGGGGCCUUGGUGGUGAGUGCAAGCCUGCUUCAAGCUUUGGUAGUCUAUCCUCAUCCCAAGUUCAGAGCUCUACUCCAAAACCAAUUCCCGGUAGGAAUGGAGUAAGUGUAGAUGCAGCUGAAGCUAUUCUUUUGGCUGCAACUAGGGGCCUAAGGAAUCCCAAACUAGAUAUCCUCCCAAAGACAUCAGUGGAUGAUUCUGGUCGGGGCAGUGCUGAGGAUGGCCAAGCUUCAAGCCUAUGUAGUCUCUCAUCCCGAGCUCGGAGCUCUACUCCAAAAUCAAUCCUAAAUGGUGAUCCCAGUUUUUCCAUGCCUAUUGAUUCGUCUCAAAAGGUUGACUACUCAGAGAAGGAAGGUAGCAGGACCAGUGAUGUAUCAGUUGCCAAGGCUAUUGCUAAGACAGCAGCCCUUGCAGCUGCAAGUGAGGCUGACUCAUCUGAAGCAUGUUUAACAAGAGAACAGAAGCAAAAGGCAGAGAGAUUGAAGAGGGCAAAGAUGUUUGCUGCAAUGAUAAAAAGUGGGAAAGCACCUCAUUCAAAAGAACUGUUACCCCGUUUAUCCGCAGAACCACCAGAUUCUGCACAUUCUGGUUUACUAGGUUCUGGUUGCAAGGGGUCAGUACCAGGUACACAGGUCCCUCUAUUUUCAAAUCAUUCGGGGGAAGAAGGUGAUAUUGUGGACAGAGAAAGAGAGGGUAGCUCAGUACCAUUAGAUGCCCACACGUCCAAUAAAAUGGAUGGUUAUGAAAAGAAAGAGCCUGAUGAUGAUCAUGAGGAUCGAAGACUGAGGAAGAAGCAACAUUCAAAGUCCAGAAGGCAUGAGGAAGAUGACAAUGAUGGUGAGGAAAGGGAUCAUAAGCACAGUAGGAAGAAGCACCGUUCUCAUCAUCCUUCCCAUAGGGAAGAGCGCAAACAUAGAAAGAGGCAUUCAUCUCCUAGUUGUAAGGAAUCUCGUCACCGGCACAAGCACCAUAGCUCAUCUGAAGAUGAGCAUCGGCAUCGGAGUCGGAAUCAUAAGCAUAGAGGGAGAUCCCACUCAGAAAGAACAGCAGAAUCGGAGGAUGAUGAGAUUAGUGCAAGUGUCUCAGCUGAUUCAAAUACAGUGAAGAUCGGUGGUAAUGCUACUAGGGAGACAUCUCUGGGUUUAUCAACGGAUCCUCCUCCCACGGGAGAAACCCCAUCAAACACUCGGUCAUCUGACACUACAGAGGUGCCUGAUGAGCUGAGGGCAAAGGUUAGGGCCAUGUUGCUGGCGACCAUGUGAUCAUCAUACGUUUUUGCACUUCUAUCAUUAGCUCUUAUUGUAAUAUUCUUGAUUCUAGGCCUUGUUCUCAUGGUCGAAGUCCAGCAUGUAUUCCUUCCGGUUCCAUUCCAUCUCAAGGAUCAAAAUGGUUAUCUUUUCAAAGAUAUUUGGGUUA